AUGGAUGAGGAUAACGACGACGUAAUUGAGGCUACUGAAGCAUUGGAAACGGCUUGCUGCUUAAACAGAGCACCAGAGAUCCCUCCUGGUCUGGAGUCAACGAGCUCUUCAUCUGGGCAACCUAAUACUCCAUCAUUUCAUCCAGCGGAUGUUGAACGGGUUAUACAACGAUAUGGACAGCUUAUUGAGAAAUUCCAGUUCAAUCAGGCUCGAGAAGCCAUAGAACAAUACAUGCAAUCAACUUCAAAGCCUGUAGUGAUUACUAACGAGAAGGAUGUCUCCUGGUCUGCUCUUCUUUCUUCACUAGCUUUAAUUGCGAACUGUGACAAGAAUUACUAUCUCCUCUCAUUUCUUCAACCUAAGGCGUUCUUUCGAAAAGAAAAUGCUCUUAAGAAUCAGUACUACCAAAUAAGCGAAAACUUGAUGCGAGCCUCUCCUUCAGCUUCUGUUCCUGAUAGCAGUGCUACUAACUUAGCACUUGCAGAUUAUCUCAUCGUCCAGUGCAGGCAAUAUGUUCUGGCUCGUGUGAAGAUGAUAAAUAUCUAUACUACGUUAGCAAGUCUUGCAAAUGAUAGAGAAAUUCUAUGGGAAUCAAUACAUGCACGUGGAGUACGGAUAACAGAAAUGUUGCAGUCAUCCCAGAAACACUCUCUGUUUUCUAUGGUUCAUCUACUUUCCGGGGAAAUUGCUGUACUGCUUCUGCUAGUCUCUGCUCAAAUUCACAUUUCAAAUUGCAAGAUGUUCGAAAGUCUCUUGCAGUUAAAAGAAAUUCGGGAACGAUUCGACUUUUGGGUGCGAGAUUCUCACUGCUUGAACUCUGUGAACAAAUCUGUCUUUUACUUCUUCAGGUCAACAGAGAAGCUACCAAGGAAUCGCCUUAUAAAUUGGUUUGUUCAGUUCUACAAUCUUCUAAUGGCAAAAUUCUCCUUGUACUUCACAAACGUACUUGCGAAUUUUUGUAGUGUAGACGACUUGAAAAACAUUUAUACAAUUGACAACGGGUACAACUUUAUAUCAAACGCUACUCAACUUGUGAAGAAAACCGAUGCCGUGUGUCUCGCAAUAGUUAUGGAUCGUGAGAACUUCACAGAGAACUUCUAUGGAUUCGGCUAUCAUCGUUUAAAAGACCGUUUCACUCCCGGUGCACCAACAGAACCGCGAAAGGGGCUAGCAGCACUUUGUCCAGCAGUAUUUCGACUUCCUUCUCCAACAGAUGGACACAAAUCGGCACAAUCACACGAUGUGUUUGAAAAAUACCACGGAUACAUUUAUGAAUUUAUUCAGUCGAAUCUUCGCCAACCGUCAAAAAGCCGAUAUUUCUAUGAUGCUGAAAAGGACCAUUGCAUGUUUGGAGAUAUAGUUGAGGCCAAACUGUACCUCGUCGUGGUGUGUCUAGGACGAGUCUGCGAGAAGGAUGUGACCAUCAUGUCGUUUAUACAGAAUAUGACCACAUCACUAAGGGGAUCAAGCCUGUUUUUGUCGUUGAAGAAUGCAGCCAAAUAG